AAUAUGUUUGGCAAAAGAGAAAUCAAGUGCUCUACUAUAUAUAGAUGUUAGAAAAGUGAAAGCAAAGGAAGGUAUAGGAAUAGAGAAUGUACUUAGUGUGGGAAAAUUUAAGUGUUGAGGUACCAAAUAAAGGGAAUGGUUCUUCAAGCAAUGAUAAUAAAAAUAAGGUAUUGCUUAAUAAGCUGAAUGGUUUUGCUGAUCCGGGUCGGAUCAUGGCUGUUAUGGGUCCUUCUGGCUCCGGCAAAUCAACCCUUCUUGAUUCCCUGGCUGGAAGGCUGGCUGCAAAUGUUAAAAUGACUGGCAAAGUUCUAAUUAAUGGAAAGACUCGAACCUUAGAAUGCAAAGAUAUUUCAUAUGUGACUCAAGAAGAUUAUUUCUUAGGAACAUUAACAGUAAGAGAAACAAUAGCAUACUCAGCUCAAAUGAGAUUUCCUGAUAAAAUGAGCAAACAAGAAAUAAAUAAAGUGGUUGAAAAAACAAUUGAAGAAAUGGGACUUGAAGAUUGUGCAAAUACAAUGAUUGGAAAUUGGCACAUGAGAGGGAUAAGUAAUGGUGAAAAGAAAAGAUUAAGCAUCAGUAUUGAAAUUUUGACACGUCCCUAUAUUUUGUUUCUUGACGAGCCAACUUCUGGAUUAGACAGUGCUUCAGCUUUUUUUGUGAUUCAAGCUCUAAGAAAUAUUGCUUGUGAUGGCAAAAUUGUAAUUUGCUCAAUUCACCAACCAAGUAGUGAUCUCUUCAAUUUGUUUGAUGAUUUGCUUCUUCUCUCUAAUGGUGAAACUGUUUAUUUUGGACAACUCAGUCUUGCUGUCAAGUUUUUUGCAGAUGCUGGGUUCCCUUGUCCAACUAGAAGAAACCCUUCAGAUCAUUUCCUAAGAUGUAUUAGUUUAGACUUUGAUACUAUUAACGAAGUUCUCCGCCUAUCUCAAAAGCAUCCUGAAAGUCCUACUAAUUAUCUGUUCAAUUUAAGAACAUCGGAGAUUAGAGCAGCUCUUAUUGACAAGUACAAAUCUUCCCAGUUCUCACUCUAUCUAACCAGAAAGAUUCAAGAAAUGGCCACAUUGGAAAAAGAUGGCAUAGAAAGAAAUAAUGGGAGCAAAGCUAGUGUAUGGAAGCAACUUUGCACGAUGACUCAUCGAUCAUUUGUGAACAUGCACAGGGACAUGGGUUAUUAUUGGCUAAGAAUUCUUCUCUACAUUAUGGUUGCAAUUAGUAUCGGCACUCUCUAUUUUCAUGUUGGCGAAAAAGAUGGUACAAUGUUGGCAAGAGUUAAGGUUGUGAACUUCAUUUACGGUUUCAUGAUUUGUUUGUCCAAUGGAGGCUUACCUUUUUUUAUUGAAGAAAUGAAGGUUUCUCGUCGAGAAAGGCUUGGCGGACAUUACGGAGAGGCUGUGUUCGUAUUGUCGAAUUUCUUCUCAUCGUUCCCAUACUUGAUUCUUAUAGCUCUCUGUUCAGGAACAACAAUGUAUUUCAUGGUGAAAUUCCGUCCAGGAUUUUCUCACUAUGCAUUUUUCUGUCUCAAUCUAUUUUGUUGUGUUUCUGUUAUAGAGAGUAUCAUGAUGAUUGUUGCUUCACUUGUGCCAAAUGUCUUGAUGGGUAUAGGAACUGGAACAGGUGCAAUUGUACUUAUGAUGAUGGCAUCAGAAAUCUCUAGACCCUUAGAUGACCUUCCAAAAAUAUUUUGGCGCUAUCCAAUGUCUUAUCUUAGCUUCGCGACAUGGGCGAUUCAGGGUCAAUAUAAAAACGACAUGGUCGGGCUCGAGUUCGAAUCAUUGAUUCCAGGAAAAAAGAUGAAGGGAGAAGUAAUCUUAGAAACAUUGUUUGGGGUUCCAACUAGUCACUCAAAAUGGUGGGAUUUAACUACACUUAUGUUUCUAUUAGUAGCCCAUAGAAUAUUCUUUUACUUGUCACUCAAGUAUAAGAAUAAGGUUUUAUCAUUAUUUUCAAAAUCUAUUCAUACAAGAAGAACUCUCAAUAGUGUUGGCAAGAGGGUGGUUAGGGUAAGAAAUGGUUUUGCUUCUUCUAAGAGACAUCAACAACAUCCACUCCAAUCAUUAGCUUCUCAAGAGGGUUUGAGAUCUCCCAUUACUUAGUCCUUGGAUAAUUGAAAAACAUUGUCAAUAUUGUAUCAAAAUAUUACCUUUGUUUUCUUUUCUUCAAGUAUUUUUUUAUUAAAACGUCGAGAGAAAAAAAAAAGUUAAACUUAAAACUCUCCGGUCGAAUGAUAAUGUCUCAACCAUUAGGCUAUAUAUGGAGAGACUGUUUUUUUUUUUCAAUGUUGAAGAGUUUGUAAUUGUAUACGCACUAAUCAAGAAGGCAAAAGCCAUAUGUAAAGUGAUAUGACUAUCAAUUAUCAACCACAAAUAGUAUGUUGUUCAUU